AGUCCAUCACCAACAAACAUACACUUGUCUAACAGCGCAACGUAAGUAGUAGAAGCAAAUUAAGGAAAUAACCAAUCAGCUUUUCGAAGAUGGAAUCGAAGAAAACAGCUUCAUUAACCCUUCUUCUCUCACUCAACCUUCUCUUCUUUGCCGUGGUCAGUGCCACUGGCGCUACCCCUAUACCAGAUUCCACUUAUUACACUGUAAGUAAAUGCGAUCCACUGAAGUUAGGAGUAUGUGCCAAUGUGCUUAACUUGGUCAAUGUCGUUGUUGGAUCACCUCCAACAUUGCCAUGCUGCAGUCUCAUUAAAGGCGUUGUUGAUCUUGAGGCUGCUCUGUGUCUAUGUACUGCCAUUAAAGCCAACAUCCUCGGAAUCAAAUUGAAUGUUCCUAUUGCACUCAGCUUGGUUCUUAACAACUGCGGCAAGGAACUCCCAUCAGGUUUUGAGUGCUACUAGAAUAUUGGUGGUCAUUGGUCCACGUAUGCAACUUCAAUUUAAUUUAUUAAUUUCGUUCCUUCUAUAUUAACGAUUUCUUCAAUUUGUCGAAGAAAUGUAUUGUUUGUUUCCUGUUGAUGGUAUUUCAUCAACGUCCUUUGUUUCGGUUCCUGUAAGGUGUCCUUUCGGGUUAACUUUUCUUGGUCCGCUUGAUUUUCAAUAAGAUUUGAAUUCAGAACAC